GCUGUGGCUGGACCCGCCUGUCUAGGAGGGGCUCCCGGCCUCGCGGACAGCUGCGGCUUGCUUUCCGCACGUUCUCGCCGCCGCGCUGCCCGUGCAGUUGUGCCAGCCCUGGCGGAGAGCCCUCUGCCCACGGCCGCCGCCCGCUCGGCCCCUGCCUGCGCCCCAGCCUCGCCCCGCGGUCUGCCCUGCCCGCUCGCGUCUGCUCCCGGAGCCCGCGCCCCCACCAUGCUGUCCUUCCAGUACCCCGACGUGUUCCGCGACGAGACCGCCGUACAGGAUUAUCAUGGGCAUAAAAUUUGUGACCCUUACGCUUGGCUUGAAGACCCAGACAGUGAGCAGACAAAGGCUUUCGUAGAAGCCCAGAACAAGAUUACUGUGCCAUUUCUUGAACAGUGUCCUAUCAGAGGUUUAUACAAAGAGAGGAUGACUGAGCUGUAUGACUAUCCCAAGUAUAGUUGCCACUUCAAGAAGGGAAAACGGUAUUUCUAUUUUUACAAUACAGGUUUGCAAAACCAGCGAGUAUUAUAUAUACAGGAUUCCUUAGAAGGAGAAGCCAGAGUUUUCCUUGACCCAAACAUUCUCUCUGAUGAUGGCACAGUAGCACUCCGAGGCUAUGCAUUCAGUGAAGAUGGAGAAUAUUUUGCCUAUGGUCUAAGUGCAAGUGGUUCUGACUGGGUGACGAUCAAGUUCAUGAAAGUCGAUGGUGCCAAAGAGCUUCCAGAUGUGCUUGAAAGAGUCAAGUUCAGCUGUAUGGCCUGGACCCAUGAUGGGAAGGGAAUGUUCUACAACUCAUAUCCCCAACAAGAUGGAAAAAGUGAUGGCACAGAGACCUCCACCAAUCUCCACCAAAAGCUCUACUACCAUGUCCUGGGGACUGACCAGUCAGAAGAUAUUUUGUGUGCUGAGUUCCCUGAUGAGCCCAGAUGGAUGGGUGGAGUCGAGUUGUCAGACGAUGGCCGCUAUGUCUUGUUAUCCAUAAGGGAGGGGUGUGACCCAGUAAACCGACUCUGGUACUGUGACCUGCAGCAGGAACCCAAUGGCAUCACUGGCAUCCUGAAGUGGGUAAAGCUGAUAGACAAUUUUGAGGGAGAGUACGACUACGUGACCAACGAGGGGACAGUGUUCACAUUCAAGACAAAUCGUCACUCGCCCAACUAUCGCCUGAUCAACAUCGACUUCACGGAGCCUGCGGAGAGCAAGUGGAAAGUGCUUGUUCCCGAGCACGAGAAGGAUGUUCUAGAGUGGGUAGCCUGCGUCAGGUCCAACUUUCUUGUGUUAUGCUACCUCCACGAUGUGAAGAACACGCUGCAGCUGCACGACCUGGCCACCGGUGCUCUCCUCAAGGCCUUCCCGCUCGAGGUCGGCAGCAUUGUGGGCUACAGCGGUCAGAAGAAGGACACAGAAAUCUUCUAUCAGUUUACAUCCUUUUUAUCUCCAGGUAUCAUUUAUCACUGUGAUCUCACCAAAGAAGAACUGGAGCCAAGAGUCUUCCGAGAGGUGACUGUGAAAGGAAUCGAUGCUUCCGACUACCAGACAGUCCAGAUUUUUUACCCUAGCAAAGAUGGUACAAAAAUCCCAAUGUUCAUUGUGCAUAAAAAGGGUUUAAAAUUGGACGGCUCUCACCCUGCUUUCUUAUAUGGCUAUGGUGGCUUCAAUAUAUCUAUCACCCCCAACUACAGCGUCUCCAGACUUAUAUUUGUGAGACACCUGGGAGGGGUGCUCGCGGUGGCCAACAUCAGAGGCGGUGGCGAAUACGGGGAGACAUGGCACAAAGGUGGAAUCUUGGCCAACAAACAAAAUUGCUUUGAUGAUUUUCAGCGUGCUGCUGAGUAUCUUAUCAAGGAAGGUUACACGUCUCCCAAGAGGUUGACUAUUAACGGAGGUUCAAAUGGAGGCCUUUUAGUGGCUGCUUGUGCAAAUCAGCGUCCUGACCUCUUUGGUUGUGUUAUUGCCCAAGUUGGAGUAAUGGACAUGCUGAAGUUCCAUAAAUACACUAUCGGUCAUGCCUGGACCACUGACUAUGGGUGCUCAGACAGCAAACAGCACUUUGAAUGGCUUAUUAAGUACUCACCAUUACAUAAUGUCAAGUUGCCAGAAGCAGAUGACAUCCAGUACCCAUCCAUGCUGCUCCUCACCGCUGACCACGAUGACCGCGUAGUCCCACUUCAUUCCCUGAAGUUCAUUGCCACCCUUCAGUACAUUGUGGGUCGCAGCCGGAAGCAGAGCAAUCCCUUACUCAUCCAUGUGGACACCAAGGCGGGCCACGGGGCUGGAAAGCCCACAGCCAAAGUGAUAGAAGAAGUUUCAGAUAUGUUUGCAUUCAUAGCGAGGUGCCUGAACAUUGACUGGAUCCCAUAGAUGGAAUUUCCCACUCUCUCCUGACAGCCGCAGAAAACGUCAAGGGCUUUCACACCAUGAAAACCGAGAAACCACUGGGCAUAACGCUUCCCCACAUGAACACUGUUCCUGCCCUCACAGACUGCAGUUGAACAGAACUGCCGCAGGAAUUUUAUCUUUUUUAGGCUUCUCCUUUUUAGUAAGCCCUUGGUGUUUCCUUUCCCAUCUUAUGCAGGCAUAUGAAACAGGCAUGUUUGGGUAAAUAGCUAAAUGGCAGCCAACACAUUGUGAACAUUAGAUUGCUGAAUAAGAGUCGUAGUCGGGCAUACUUCAUAUAUAGCACUUUGGUGAAAUUUGCAUCUAUAAUCAGUCAAUAUAUCUUUAAGUAAAUCCGAGACCUGUUCUCAUGAUAAAGACUUCUUUGCAACAAUAAUAAAUGUUAUUUAAGAAUG